AUGGAAGCAUCAGAUGCACCGGCUUGUUGUCACUGUAGGCCUAAUAAGGGGAGCCCAAAGCUUGGCCACUACCCUUCAUCAUGUACUAAAAAGCAUCCAGACUCAAAUGAGGGGACUUCAGAAAAAGGAACAGACAGACCUGAAUCAAAUUCUAUCCCACUUAUUGGGGACCCCAGAAAAUGGUGGCUCCAGCUGCAACCCAAGCUUGGGUAUCGAAAGGAUAUCACAUUAGGACUGCCCAGUGUUUUAGAGGAGCUUGAAAACUGUGCCAUCCCAACUUCUGAAUUCUCCUGGCUUGAAGGACCUACUGCAGCCAGUCAUGUCGAUGGUGAGAAAAAACCAUGUUCAUCAGAGACACCGAGGAUGAUUUCGUCAAAUAAUUUCAUGCACAUAAAUGAGGUGAAAGAAGUACAUGGUUAUUUUCAAGAGCAAAACCAACAGAAGGCAGUUCUAGGUGCGGAGUAUCAGAACGGGGAUUUAGUGGAUUGGAUGGCUUAUCACCAGAUAUCAUCAAAGAAGCCAGAUGAGCUAUGUCCUAAUCUUCAGAGUUCUAGUAUAAUAAGUGAAAAAACCGAACCUUGGUGGCGCAUUUCUGGCAAAGAUGAGUUGGCUUCAUUGGUCGCACAGAAAUCUUGGGUCAACGUCGAGAAUUCCGAUCUUCCCCAACCAUUAAAAAUUCAUGUCUUUGGAGAACCAUCUGACUACCUCGAAAGUCUUGAUGAUAAUCACUCAUUGGAUCCAUUCCUAGACAAGUCAUAUGCCAGCAAAUAUGAUGCAAGUUCCAGAUGUACAUCUGGAAGUAUGGAUGGAAAAUAUCAAACUUCUGAUAGCUUCAAAAAAACUCAAAGGUAUUGGUACCAUGUAAUAGAUUACAUUCGCUUGCAGAUUGCUUCAACGUUCAGGAAAUUACUAGUCCAUACUGUAUAUGUUUCUUGAUUAGUAGGUCCUUUAAUAGCAUAGCUGUUUCUUGAUUAAUAGCCAUUGACGUCUGAUUUGUGUGUAGCCAUUAGAUCCACAUUUUAUCCUGUAUAAUCUGGUGUUGAGGGAAAGUGGUAAAAUAACCAGCUUGUCCUUGAUUUCUUGUUCUAUUUUCACUCGCUAUAGACCAAUCAGCUCCUUAUGUGAUUACUGAUUUUUAUUUCCCCUUAAUUCGAUAACUUAUCCAGGUUGAUGAUAAUGAAAGGUUUCCGUUGACUCUUAACUCCUUUGCUCCCUCGUAGUCAACAUUUCAUACUUUUCCACAAUCUCUUAAAUUUACUCUUAUUUUUUCAUGCAGAAACAUGCUAACGUAUAGAAAAUAUAUAAAAAAUCUACCAGCCGGUGAGCACCACCCCGAGCGUGAUCCAACCAAAGCCGAGUUGCUUGAGGCACUUUGCCAUUUCCAGACAUGCGCAAGGAAAGCCGAAUUGGCGGCCCAACAGGCCCACAUUGAGAAGCAACACAUCGGCAAGCUCUUCCUCAUGGAAACAUCGCAUCUGCUUAAGUACAGGCAUUGGAUCCGUAUGCUGCAAUCGGAGUGCUUCUCUCUCAGGCUUAUGUUCGAGGAGCACCAUACUUCUCUCUUCCCAUUCUCGUGGACGCCUCUAAAUGGAGGGGUCCCGUCUGGACGCUGUGCGCCAAAGGCAAAGGGGAAAGGACGCCAUAACACACAAAGAGGAAACAUUUGGAGGUACGCGCUCGCUUUUUUGGCUGGCCUUGGCUUGUCCUGCGCUGGGCUGCUUCUUGGCCUCGUCCUGAGCUGA